AUGAGGCAACAACUCAGACCCACUGAAGGGCAGGCACCUUCCGCCGACGUGAGGCCUCACAAAUUUUCACCAGCCCACCCUUGCCAAUCUGCAAGGGUAAUGCAGAAAGUGGGGAGAGACCAAAGUAUGGUUUGUCAAACUACUCCUGAACAAGAAAAAGCUUCCAAGUCUACCCUGCUGACACACAAGUGGCCUCAAAACAAAAUCUCAAUCCACCCUUGCCGAACAGCAAGGGUUCAGCAGAACCAAACGCAAGACUCGAUUCUUCCUCCUUCAAACUCAGCCUUACUGAAGCCGUGA